UUCCCAAAGAAAACAAGCACUCGGCCCUCUCACAUUGUCUGAGAGACUGAAGAUUUUCACAAAUAAUACACUUUCAUUUUUCCUCAAAUGGCUUCUUCAACAAUGGCUCUCUCCUCCCCUUCUCUUGCUGGCCAAGCUGUCAAGCUCGGUUCCUCUGUUUCUAACAUUGUUGGUGAGGGCCGAGUUACCAUGCGCAAAACCGCAUCCAGGUCCAAAAAUGUUUCAUCCGGCAGCCCGUGGUACGGCCCUGACCGUGUCAAAUACUUGGGCCCGUUCUCUGGCGAGGCCCCUUCUUACCUCACUGGAGAAUUCCCCGGCGAUUACGGUUGGGACACUGCUGGGCUCUCGGCUGACCCUGAGACCUUUGCCAAGAACCGUGAGCUUGAGGUCAUCCACUCAAGAUGGGCCAUGCUCGGCGCUUUGGGCUGUGUUUUCCCCGAACUCUUGUCCCGUAACGGAGUCAAGUUCGGCGAAGCUGUUUGGUUCAAGGCUGGGGCCCAAAUCUUCAGUGAGGGUGGUCUAGACUACUUGGGAAACCCAAGCUUAGUCCAUGCCCAAAGCAUUUUGGCAAUAUGGGCCACACAAGUUAUCUUGAUGGGUGCAGUUGAAGGUUACAGAAUUGCUGGUGGGCCCCUUGGUGAGGUGACAGACCCAUUGUACCCAGGUGGGAGCUUUGACCCAUUAGGCCUUGCAGAAGAUCCAGAAGCUUUUGCUGAGCUGAAGGUGAAGGAGCUGAAGAAUGGAAGACUGGCCAUGUUUUCUAUGUUUGGGUUCUUUGUGCAGGCCAUUGUUACAGGGAAGGGACCAAUUGAGAACUUAGCUGACCACUUGGCUGACCCUGUUAACAACAAUGCCUGGGCAUACGCCACAAACUUUGUUCCCGGCAAGUGAGCCUGAGAUUGAGAGAGAAGUGUGCUUUUCCUAAUGGUUUUGGCAAUUGUGCUUAAUUAUGUUGAUGAAAUUGGAUUAGACUGUAAUUCUAGUGGUCAUCAAGAUCUGAAAGGAUAAGUUAUCGCCUUGCUGUAGAUUACCUCUCAUUUAAUCUACUUGUUGUUUUGUUGACAA